CUUUGGUUACAGAGAUCCGAAGCAGAAAGAUGAACAGAUAUACAGUUCAGGUGGAGAGUGGGAGAGCUGGGAAGAACGGACAGCCAUCUGUCGGUCCGGUUUACCGGAGUUGUCUUGCAAGGGAUGGGUUUCCACCGCUAGAACCCGGCAUGAACACCUCAUGGGAAAUCUUCAGGUCUUCCGUUGAGAAGAAUCCUGGAAAUAAAAUGCUUGGAUGGAGGGAAUUCAGCCAAGGGAAGGCAGGGCCCUAUGUUUGGGCAACUUAUAAGGAAGUUUAUGAAGAAGUGCUUUACAUUGGCUCAGCUUUAAGGCAGCUAGAUGUAGCACCUGGUACACGAAUUGGAAUUUAUGGAGCAAACUGCCCUCAAUGGGCUGUGGUAAUGGAGGCUUGCAAUGGAUACAACUUAGUUUGCGUGCCUCUCUAUGAUACACUGGGAGCUGGCGCCAUUGAUUACAUAAUCGAGCAUGCAGAAAUUGAUGUUGUCUUCGCGCAAGAUAAAAAAAUUAAACAUGUUCUUUCUUCCGAAUGCAAAGCAGCAAGACGACUGAAAUCCAUCGUUUCAUUCAGUGCUAUGCCUGAGGAACAGAUUAAUGCUGUUGCUGCUGCUGCUGGGAUAAAAGCAUAUUCAUGGAAUGAUUUUAUUCUAAUAGGAAAGAAAUAUCCAUCAGAACCUGUGCCUCCUCAACCUCUUGACAUAUGCACCAUAAUGUACACGAGUGGAACCAGUGGUAAUCCAAAAGGAGUUGUUUUAACACAUGAAACACAUGCAACCUAUGUAAAAGGAGUUGAGCUUUUCUUGGAUCAAUUUGAAGACAAGAUGUCAGUUGAUGAUGUUUAUUUCUCCUUCCUUCCAUUGGCACAUAUCCUUGAUCGAAUGAUUGAGGAAUACUUUUUCCAUAAGGGUGCUUCAGUUGGAUAUUUUCAAGGGAAUAUUGAAGCUUUAAGGGAUGAUCUCAUGGAACUAAAGCCGACAUUCUUUGCCGGUGUCCCUCGAGUGUUUGAAAGAGUUUAUGAAGGCAUAUUAAAGACAGUGUCAGAGCUCAGGCCACUAAGAAGAUUGAUUUUUAACCUUCUGUACAAGCAUAAAUUACACUGGAUGAGAUUGGGAUACUCGCACAAAACUGCCUCUCCAUUUGCUGAUUUCUUAGCAUUUAGCAAGGUGAAAGCAAGGCUCGGAGGCCGAGUUCGAUUGCUGGUGUCUGGAGGUGCCCCAUUGAGUCCAGAAAUUGAAGAGUUCUUGAGAGUCACUAGCUGUGCCUUUAUGUUACAAGGCUAUGGACUUACAGAAACCUGUGGUCAGACCACCAUUGGAUACCCUGAUGAUCUCGCCUUGAUUGGCUCCGUCGGUGUACCCACAACAUUCACAGAUUUGCGUCUCGAAGAAGUUCCAGAGAUGGGCUAUGAUCCACUGGGUCAACCUUCAAGGGGUGAAGUUUGUGUUAGGGGGAAAACACUUUUUUCUGGAUACUACAAGGACCCUGAGUUAACAAAGGAAGUAAUCAUAGAUGGUUGGUUCCAUACAGGCGACAUUGGAGAGAUAACACCUGAUGGGAUAUUGAUAAUUAUUGAUAGAAAGAAGAAUAUCUUUAAGCUUUCACAGGGAGAAUAUGUUGCUGUUGAAUACUUGGAGAAAGUGUAUAGUGCCGUUCCUAUUAUAGAAGAUAUUUGGCUCUAUGGUAACAGCUACAGAUCGAAGUUGGUGGCUGUGAUCACUCCACAUGAAGAUAAUACUAAGAAAUGGGCAUUGUUGAAUGGUCAUAAAGGUUCCUUCAACGAACUAUGUGCACUAAAGGAAUUAAAUAAUUACAUUCUUCAGGAAUUGAAGAUAGCUGCUGAAAGAAAUAAGCUAAAAGGCUUCGAGCAUGUCAGCGGUAUUGUGGUGGAUCCUCAACCUUUUGAUAUCGAAAGAGACCUUGUUACUGCAACAUUGAAGAAAAAGAGAUCACAAUUGUUGAAAUACUAUCAGGUUCAGAUCGAACGUGUCUAUAAAAACAUGGCAGAAGACAAUAAAUGAGGUUGAAGUUGUCUAUGUAAGAUAGAAAGGUUGUAAGUUUGUUUUUAAAAUGUGAUUAGUUUCAUAUGUAAAAUAGAAUUAAUAGCUUUCAAACACUUUAAACUAAAGAAUAAGUCUAUAAUUAAUGAACUGCCAUAGAAAUCAGUUU